AUGGGGUUUUUUGUUUUCCACCCGGAGGCAUACCCGUGGCAGUUCUUCCAGGCUGGUUGGUUGUUGGAACUGCCUGUUUGCGAUCUUUUUUCUGUUGUGGAGACUGGACGAUGCAUGGCCUACGAUGCAGAGAUUGACGGAUCUGCAAUAUACGUCAUCAAUGCGUCUGUAAUGGAACAGGAAGUCUACAUCUUGGAGAGUGUCUGGAGCGUGAGCCACGGAAUUGAGGAUCUCAGGGCCGACUUUCUGUCGCUGUACGAGCGUUGUAAAUCAGGCAGUAUGUUUGAUGAAGAGGUUGGUGGUCGACGUUCAACAGUGGUCGCAACGCAGAGAUAUGCCGUCAACAAAUCCGCAAAAUUGAAGUCCGUUGCGGCAUUAUCCGAAAGCCUGAGGCUCUCCGUCAGCAUGAGAAAUUGGUGGAAGAUUUUCGCAGCACCAGGGCAGAAGAACGGGGCGGCAGCUGGUUAG